AUGGGAAUGACCUUUCAUUCCAUUGGUUAUUGGCAAAAAAGUUCGAGUGCCUCCUUGAACAAGUUUAUUCCAUUACAAGGAGGAAUUACCAAAUUGAAGACUACCUAUGGUGUUAACAACUUUGAUCCUGGAACUGGUAAAAAGAUGUUACUCUCCUCCGAUGAAAGAUACUUGUGUGUGUUGGAAGAUUUUGACAUGGCUGGAUCGAUCCUUACCAAGAAUUUAGCUAUUUGGGAUUUAACCAAACAAACUUGGAUGAAAGCACACACAAGUUUUGAUUCGGCAACGAUUAGUGACAUUGCCCUCGAUGAUCAAUAUUUAUAUGUGAUUGGUAAUAUUCAAAGAGCUGGAGCCAUCAUGGUUAAUAAUAUUGCAAGAUAUUCAUUGAGUAACAAUCAGUGGUAUGCAUUGAAUAAGGGACUCGAUUCAGCACCUUUAAAUAUUUACAAUAUGAAUGGACGAAUAAUUGUGACAAGUGUCAAAUCUGGAAGUGGUAAACAAUUUCCAACUGGAAUGGCUGUUUGGGAUGGUCAUUAUUGGGAUGUUUAUAAUGGAAACAUUCCUGUCAACAACAGCAUUUAUCUUGUUCCUGGAAUGCCAAACACAAUAGAAACGUUUUAUGGAGGAAAUAGAGCCACAGAAUUCAAUACCAUUUACAACAAUAACAUGUUUGUCAACUCGAGAGACAAUGAUGUGUUGACAGAUAACACCAUUCUAGCUGUUCAGAUAUCAUCCAUUCAGUCCACACCUGUUGAUCCAUCCAUGUCCACACGAAACUCAACAUCAGUCAAUGCUGAAAAUCAAGUUCAACCUCACUGGUGGAUGGUUAUCUUUUUCAUUACAACCUGUUUGUUCAUGAAUCUAUGGUAA